AUGAACCAGUGAUUCACUUAGUAAGCUUGUUUUUUCAGUUCAUUAUUUCCCAUAACAACUAUUGCGUAUUGAUUCGCUUAUAUACUCAAUAAGAUACAGAUAAACAACAUGUUUAAGGAGCUGGUUUUGUGGAUGCAUCGUCUGGCGCACGACUUUUGUUUGGCUCGCCCAAUUGCGCCAGUACCUCGACAUGGCUGUCGUGUGCCAGUGAAGAAUGGAUUCUUCGCCAAUUUGAUAUUCUUUGUGGCCAUCGUGACGCCGCUGUACUACUGCCUGCUGAAGGACGUGAUCGCCAUGAUCACAAAGCCCAAGAAGCGUUAAUCCUCGCCAGGACACUAUACGUUUUAGGUCACAGUUUGGUCAGUCAAUGUAGUAGCUAGCUCAAUCCGAACCCAAUCAAUACAGUUUGUGGCAUCGUCUGAAUACUCA